AUGGCAAUACCCACCUACGUCGAUCGGGACGAAGCGCUAAGAUACCCAGCUCAACUCUUUAUUGUCACCAUGGACUCCAACGCCACAUCCACUUCUAAAGUACCUCACGAAGCCAUCCGGAUCGCCAUCCGCGAAAAUUUCCUGUCCAUUUUCGAGCCUUCCCGAGCUUUAGGCGAUACUUUGAAUUCAAUACGGACGAAGAUCAACACGCUCAACGAAAUAGCCAACAGUACCAUUGGCGAUAUCAGAGGCCAGGAGAUGACAGAUGCAAUAGAUGGGCUCCUUGAUGAAAGUGCUGAGGUGGAAAAACUGUUUAAGGUUUGGCACGAGAAGCUUAAUGUUGCUUGCGUGAUGAUCAAGUUGGUGUACUCGCAGCAGGAAGCCGCUUCAGGGAAGUAG